AUGCCAGAAAAAGAAAAAAGAAACCAAAUGCCAAGCUAUUCCAAUUUAACAUGUAAGGAUUACGGUAGACUGGCUGCAACGCAAAAUAAGUAUUUGCAAGAAUUCGUCCAACCUCAUAUAGAGUCAUUCAAUUUCUUACUACGAGAUGGUCUUUCUGCGGCUGUUAAGGAUAUUAGACAGGAAGAAUUGCAACUAAAUGAUGGCCGCCGAAUUUCAAUAUACUUCAAGGAUGCUUUAAUUGGUAAGCCAACUGUUAGCGAAGCUGGCAGCUAUUCAUCCAAUACAAUACUUUAUCCAGCAGAGUGUAGAGAACUAGGAUCAACUUAUGGUGCAAAUUUUCAAGUUACUAUCAAUUGGGAUGUCGAUGGAGAAACUUCUGGAUCGUUAGGAAUACCUCUUGGUCGCAUCCCAAUGAUGGUCAAGUGUAAGAAUUGCUCACUGUAUAAUCUAACGCCUGAACAAUUAGUGGCUCACCAUGAUGAAGCUGAAGAAGCUGGUGGAUAUUUUAUAGUUAAUGGCUUAGAAAAAGUCAUACGAAUGAUAGUACUACCGAGGAGGAAUUACCCUAUGGCAAUAUCGCGUCCAUCUUGGAAAAAUAUUGGAGCAUCAUUUUCGGAAUAUGGUAUUAUCAUACGCUGCGUUCGUAGAGAUCAAUCCGCUGCUGUAAGAUCUUAA